UAACCUGCAACUAUUUCCACAAUUUUCAGACCAAAAAAAGUUUUUUUUUUUUUUUUUGGGAAUUUGUGUGUUUGUUAGACAAAAGGAUUGAAAGUUGUUUAGUUGAAAAAAUCUGGAUUGGAAGCAGCCGACCUCUGAUGUCGACUAUUUCCAUUCACAGACCUGACUUCACUACCUUGUCAAAUGAUAGAUUCGGAAAUCACUCCAAAUUUCACAGGAUGGCUUCUUCUUUGACAAUGGCCAUGGAUUCUAGGUCUUCUCAAACAAGGAAAAAGGAAGAGCUAUCUAUACAAGUUCCAGCGUCAUCUAUUCCUCAAUUUGAGACCUCGAGGCUACCUGAUCUGCGAUUUGACCGUCUUCAAACGCCUGAAAAGGAUUUGAUACAUGAGGACAAGUUCGAAUUUGGGCAAUUUGUGGCCCGAGAAGCUAUAAUUGAUGAAGAAUUCUGGACAGCAGCUUGGCUGCGAGCAGAAAGUCAUUGGGAAGAUCGAAUAAAUGAUCGAUAUGUCGAUAAUCACAAAAGGAAAUUCGCAGAGCAGGAGUUCCAUGCCAUAAAAAGGCAGAGAGCAGGUCUACAUGGACAAAAAUGUAGAUGCAUUGUCACGGUAAGAAGGGAAGACAAAAAUGUAAAACGCACUGUAUUGAAAAGUGUAGUUGGAACUCUUGAUUUGAGCAUUCGGUUCUUAUUGCAGGGAGAGACCUUUCCAGGGGAGCGGGUAAAGGUUCCUAUCUUCCGCAGUUUCCAUAGGAGGGGACCAAAUACUUAUGGUUAUGUUGCAAACCUGUGUGUUGCCAAAUUAGCACGUCGCCAAGGAAUCGCAAGCAACAUGUUGCAUUUUGCUGUUGAAUCAGCAAAAUCUAGUGGUGUAGAACAAGUAUACGUGCAUGUGCAUAGAAACAAUAUACCCGCACAAGAUCUAUACGAAAAGAUAGGAUUUGAGAUUGUUGAAGCUGCAAGCCUGCAAUUACAAGAAGAGAAGACAUACCUACUUUGUUGCAGGGUAUGAAAAAAGGAAAAAAAAAAAAAAAAAAACACUUCUGCAAUACAAAUUGGUAGCCAGAAAAUGUAGAAAGCAUCAUAUACAAGAACCAUAGGAUACAUCGGAUGUUUGCGAGUGAUCUGAAAGCGGAAGGCAGAUUAGCACUCAAAUUUAGCCAUACUACUAAUCGUGAACUUUGCUUGUAACUAUCAUUUCCAGAAACCUAAUGUAACCAAGCUGCUAAUGAAUGUGUAAUCAAGGUCUUAGUUCCA